AUGGCUAAUAAAGAUUUUUUUAUUUAUACCGAUCGAAAUAAAUUGCGAACACCCUCUAACGUUGAAUAUAGGGUUGACAAGCUACUAAAACCCAAAGAAUUGAAAUCAUCAAUAAAAGCAUGCUACGAAGAAUUGAAUUCAGAAGGGGCACAAUCUAUAUUUAAGAAUUUUGACAAACUUUUUUCAGUGAUUGAGUUUAUUGAUCAGAUUGAUUACCAAGACUUACAUUAUGUAUAUGAAAAAAUUCUUGUUAAGAGUUUAAAUAUUAUUGCAUCAUUUUUCUCAAGUUAUGGAGAAAUUGAAGACAUGUCGCUAGAUUUAAAACAUCAGUUUACAAAUAUCAUAAAAAUGAAUGUCUAUCUCUUUGUUGAGUUUGUUCAUAGCUUUAACACAAAAUUUGAAACUGAUUAUAAACUUUUACUUCUUGAAACAAAAGGUAGAAAUAAAAAACAGGACAUGGUUCAAAAACAUACUUCUGAUUAUGAUUGGAAUUGGGAAGAUAAAUUGAGUAUUGGGUUGAAAGCAAUUAACAAUAUUAUAUCAAAUAACAUUACUCAAUUGUAUGAUCCUCCUUAUAUUGAUCAUACUUUUGUAUCGUAUAUUGCUACUUGUUGUUACAUUCAGUUGGAAAAUCCUAGCAUUGCUUUUGUUCGAACUAAAUCACUUCGUGACAGUAUCAUGCAAAUUUUAGAAAUACUUAUUAUUGACUAUGACCAUGCACAACAAUUUAAAAUCAAAGUAGUUCAACUGUUGAAAUCAUAUGAACAUUUAUCAUUGCCUCUGGCUAAAAUUGUUCUACAAGUAAUUGAGUCUGGAAAUAACCGAUCUUCAAUAAUUGAACUAAUUGUUAAAGAAAUUGCAGAAACAGGAGAAGCAGAAGGUAUAAAAGAAACCAAUAAUCAGGAAAUAACUGGUGGUAAAUCUUGUUGUGCUUUUCUUGUGGAAAUUGCUAGACAUUGCCCUCAAUUGUUAUUGCCAAAUAUUGACCAUUUAUUGCCUUGCUUAGAAUCUGAUCCGUAUACUAUGAGAAUUUGUGUUUUAAGUGUACUGAAAGAAUUAAUUAUUCAUGUUUUAAAUAAUGAUGAAUUGAAUGAGCUUGAAAGAAAAACAAGAGACGAUUAUAUAAUAAUUAUGCAAGAUCACUUAUUAGAUGUAAAUGCAUUUGUCAGAUCUAAAGUAUUACAGUUGUUUAUGGCCAUAAUAAAUGAAGACUGUUUACCAAAACAGAUGUAUGGGAUAAUAUUAAAUUGUGCUGAGGAAAAAUUGCAUGACAAAAGUUCAUAUGUUACAAAAAGUGCUAUUCAACUAAUCAAAACAUUAAUCAAAUUAAACCCAUAUAGUUGUGAUUUUACAGAAAACAAACUACAUGAUAAAUUAAAAGAAGAAAACUCUGCUUUAAAAUGUAUGAAAAGAAUGCAUAAAGUUAAAAUAGAUAGUGAAAUUAAUAAAGAAGAUGUGUGGCCAUCAAUUGAGACACCUUUAAAAUUAUUUUUAGAGGAAACUUUUGAAGAUACAAAUUUUGACAUUUUUGGUGUAGUUGAAAUAUUAAAGGAUAUGGAGGUAUCUGAAGUUUUAAUGAAAAUAAAAAGUUGUAUUACUUCCCACAAAUUUAAAUCAGCUUUAAAAUAUGUAGUACGUGGAGGAGAAACAUUCAAGGAUGAACCACUGUUUAAAAUGGAAGAUGAAAGUAAUUUGUCAAAAAAAUAUUUUUUGGUGUUAAAAAAUAUUUGGUAUUGCGAAAAUACAAUAAUAGCAAUGGAAUCAAACAAUAUAGAAAAUUUACAACAAAUGAGUGCAGAAGAAUUACAUUUUCUUAUUUUCUCAACAGAAUCCAAAAUUACAUACCUUCAGGAUUGUGCUGAGUAUUUACACACUAUUAAAAAAGCAUUGAAUACUAUAAGUCUAUUGAUGUUUGGUAAUACUUCAUCAGAGUCAUUAGAAGCUAUUGACUUUUUUACAACAGCUUAUAAAUUUGGUGUACCUCAUACUCAGGCUGGAGUUGAUGCUAUGCUAACAUUAAUAUUUUCAUCUGAUUCUAAUAUUAAAGAAGCUAUGAUGAAUUCUUAUAAAACAAUAUAUUUGAAUAUUGAUGAAGACAAGAACUCUUCUAUUACUCGACCUGAAACUAUUAUGACUAGACUUAUAAGUCUAAUAAAAACUUUAAAUGUCACAAAUAGAAGAGCAUUUAAAGCUUUACUAAAUGAAUGGAUGAAAAAUAAAACACUAGAUGAUGAAUGCAUUAUGGUAUUAUGGGCAUGGUUCACUAAAUCUAAAGAUAUUUCUGAUGAAGAUCAAGUAGUCGCUGCUCUUAUAUUGUCCUUAAUUGCCAGUUCACAGCCGUCUAUUGCAAUGGGGAACUUAGAAAGUCUUCUCCAGUAUGGAUUAUGUGACAAUUAUCAAUUAUUUAUUUAUUCUUGUCAAAUAUUGGAAUCAAUUACUCAAGAAGAUUUUAAAAGAUUUUCUGAAAAUCACGAAUUACUUAAAAAAGUAUUUAAUGUAGUACAUAAAUGUUUUAAUCAAAGUGACGUUCAAUUAUUCAAUGACGUUGCUUCAAAUGCUGUAAACAUAAUUUAUAAAUUGACAAUUCAACCAGAUGCUACUUGUAUGACAUUGAUUGAAAAAUUGUAUUCUUCUAUGAUAAUAAACAACAAAAAUGAUUCUUCUCAGCAAAAAGAUGACCACGUUCGAUUUAAUACUGUUAUGUUUGCAAAAUUUAUUUUUAUAAUUGGUCACAUUGCAUUACAGCAGUAUGAUCACUUAGAAAAUUAUGUUGCAAAGGAAUUAAUUCGAGAUGUGAGAGCUAAAUACCAAGCUAAAAAAUUAAAAAUGGACAAAGCUAAAGAAGACGAAAAUGUACAUGAUUCUGAAGCAGCUGAAAUAGAGGCUAUAAAUGAUCGAAUUCGACAAAUAUGUGAUAAACAACUUUUAAAAGGAAGUGGAAUUUUUUCUCACUUUUCAAAACAUAUAAUAAAAGCAUGUAGUUCAAAUCAUUCAGAUUUGAAGGCAAAUGCUAUUAUUUCUUUGGUUAAGUUUAUGUUGGUUUCUACUUCGUUUUGCCACAAACAGUUACCGAUGUUUCUAAAUCUAAUUGAAAACUCAGACAACUUGGAAACAGUUAUUGAUCUCGUAUCUGGGUUUGGUUGGUUGGUUUUCAGGCACCCAAAUUUGUUGGAACCUUGUACUGAUAAACUUUAUGCAAGGUUACACGAUAAAUGUAAUCAAGUUCGCUAUAGUACUUUAAUGACUAUUAUAGACCUUAUACGUCAAGAAAUGAUUAAAGUUAGAGGACAAAUUGCUGGUAUUGCCAAAUUGAUUGUUGAUGAAGAUGAAAAUAUUAAUUAUACUGCAAGACAAUUUUUUGGAACUAUUGCAGAAAAAGGAAAUACUCUUUACAAUGUUUUAUCCGAUAUUAUUUCGACCUUAUCCAAUCCUGAGAAUUUGGUACCAGAAUGUGAUUUUCAGUCAAUAAUGAAAUUUUUACUUCCACUUAUUAACAAAGAACGCCAAAUUGAAUCUUUAGUUGACAAAUUAUGUAUAAGACUAAAAGAAUCAAUUGAUAAAACUCAAGAAUAUUAUAUAUCUUAUUGCUUGAUGCUCAUUAAGUAUACAGACAAAAGCCUAACUAAGCUGUCAGAUAAUAUAUCUUAUUAUACUGACAAACUUAAAAACCCUAAAGUUUACAAUAACUUUAAUAUACUUAUAAGCACAAAUUCUAAAAUGGCAAAACCAGCCACUAAAGAAAUAUUAAGUGAAUUAACUAAUAAGAUUGAAAAAAUUGUAAAAGAUGAAGACUUUGCUGUUCCACUUUCUCAAAAAACCCCUGGAAAACGUUUAAAUACAGUAAAAAAGAAAAUACCCAUUAAUAUUGCCAAUGAAUCUUCAGAAGAUGAAAUUGAACCAUUACAGUUGGUAACAAAACGAAGUGCUAGAUGUCGUAGCAAGGUUAAAAGGAGACUUAUGGAAAAUGAUAGCGAAGAAGAAGAAAAUGAUGAGGAAAUUGCUCGAACAAGUGGUGUAAGUAAUGUUCAAAAGAUUGUCAAUAUUAAAACCAAUGAACAUAGUGAAACUGAUGAUGAUAAAAUUAAUAUAAAUAAACGAGCUACAAGACAGAAUAAAUAUGAAAGUUUGUGUAAAAAAACUCCACGCCAUAAAUCCUAAAUAAUUCCAUAACUUCAUUAAAAAUAUCUUUCUUUAUUUUAUUUCAUUUCAUUUAUAAGAUAUUUUAGUGUUUAAAUAUAUUUUUAAUAAAAUAUUAUUUAUAAAUAAUAUGUUAAUAUAUAUCUGUAUGUCCUUGUUAUAUGUCUCAAUAGGUUAAUAAUUAUAUUAA